CACACUGUCCCUCAAGACAAAAGACGCGUGUGACUCCAAAACUCUCGCAGCGAUUCCCAAUUCCAAAUCGGAGCUCACAAAAUGUCAUCCACCACCUUCAGCGGAGAUGAAACGGCACCGUUCUUCGGCUUCCUCGGUGCCGCGGCCGCCCUAGUUUUCUCCUGUAUGGGCGCGGCUUACGGAACGGCGAAGAGCGGCGUCGGAGUGGCGUCGAUGGGCGUGAUGAGGCCGGAGCUGGUGAUGAAGUCGAUUGUGCCGGUGGUUAUGGCGGGAGUGUUGGGUAUUUAUGGUUUGAUCAUUGCUGUGAUCAUAAGUACGGGGAUUAAUCCAAAGGCCAAAUCUUAUUAUCUUUUUGACGGCUAUGCACAUCUCUCUUCCGGUCUUGCUUGCGGCCUCGCCGGCCUUUCUGCCGGAAUGGCUAUCGGAAUCGUUGGUGAUGCCGGUGUUAGAGCUAAUGCACAGCAGCCAAAGCUUUUUGUUGGAAUGAUCCUCAUUCUCAUCUUUGCUGAAGCAUUGGCUUUGUAUGGUCUGAUCGUUGGUAUCAUCCUUUCAUCCCGAGCUGGGCAGUCCAGAGCUGAUUAGAGGUGCCAUUCAGGCCGGCUUCUGAUGCGAGUGUGAUUUGCAUCUUCGGUGACUCACUGGUUGAAGAUGCUCAUUCAGUGUGUAGUGUUCAGUGUGCAGUCUUGUGUUAUGUUAUUCAGUCUUACAUAGGUGGGAAGAAAUAUCCUCUUCUUUUUGUAGGAUUGGUGAUUUGUCUUGGAAAUAAAGCUUUUCUUGGCUGGCUCUUCA